GGAUAAAAGCGCAUGCGCGACGCAACGACCUAUUUCUACCGGUUCCGAAUCUCCGCUGCGGCGCGUUCAAAAGUGAGCACGUUUCCUGUCCGCGAAAGGCUGCACGGGUAGCAGAGCGGAAGCAAGUUGUUACACAUAUGCUCCUUUAACCCUCUGAGAUGUCCUCCAGCCUCUCCAACUAUGCCUUGCGGAUGGCCCGCCUGAGUGCACGGAUAUUCGGAGAAGUUGCUCGGCCAACCAACAUGAAGUCCAUGAAGGUUGUGAAGCUGCUCAGUGAGCUGCCCAUGGCCAAGCAGAAAGGGGUCUAUGACUGGUAUCCUCCCCACAACACCUACUCCAACCUUAUGAGGAAACUCCGCUUCUACGGCCUCUACAGGGAUGAGCAUGAAGAUUUCAAAGAUGAGAUGAAAAGACUGAAGAAGCUACGUGGAAAAGGACCGCCAAAGAAAGGAGAAGGAAAGAGAGCGAUGAAGAGAAAAUAGCAUCAUUCCUGUAUUUAAUAAAAUAUUUUUGUUUCAUUUAA